UAUAUUUUUAAAAGAUGAUCUCCCAAACUUUUACUGUCAGUACCCUCGAUUCAAGAAGUGAAGUCGAGCCAAUGAUCAGGUGUGAUGUAAAUAGCAACAGAGGAUGAAACAACAAUUUCCUAAGACCAAUUCCAGUUUCUAAUGGAACCUUGAGCAGAACUAUGUCUGGUCAAAGUUCCUUAAUGCCUUCUCAGAAUCAUAGAGUUGGUAGUUUUAGCAAGCCAUCCUCAAUGUCUCGUGAGUUCUUAUCUGAGCUUUCUCACCAGGAAGAUAGCUUUGAAGAAGACUCCUCCCUUAAUUCCCUAUCUUCUCAGUCUUAUGGCGAAGAUACGGAUUCUGACUUUUGUUCAGCAGAAGCUGAUGAAGAUGAACUAGUGAAUGAAAUCAAGUCUAGAAAUGAAGCAGAUGAUGAGAUUGCAAGCCUCUUUGAGUCAGAAAACUCUACUGCUUCUGAGCCUUUGGUGUUAAAUAGACCUAUCUUUGAUAGACCUCAUAACCCUAUUGUGCAAGACAGAAGGUUUUUCAUUCCAAGAUGUUCAGCUCCAUCACUUCCAGAACAAGCUAGACCUGGUUUAGUAUAUAUCUCUAAGCCGAGGUACUGUGUUUAUAACUCUCAAUUUAACUAAGAGAGACCUCCUUAGUACUACUCUUGGCAGCUAUACUUGUAAAUCUUGGUUAAAUUCCAAGUUUACAUGUAUCUAAUUAGCUAAGUUUAACCUAAUAUGUUAUCUAAAAUAAUUU